UGUGGUUAAAACGCUUUUCAUACUUGCGCUGACGAGUUGACAGUUUAGGAAAUUCCCUCUGCUAGAUCUCACUUUAGAAAAGCGUAUUUUACGACACAAUACGAACCCGGAAAAGGGACAACUUAUGAAUUUUCUCCGACGGAAGGAAACAUAAUUCGCGAUUUGCGGUUCCUGAUAAUCAAUGUUACAACAUGUGCCGUUUACGUAAGCGAGCUUGUAAACACGAAGAUUGUCAACAUUAUUCUACGAAAAUAAAGGGAAGUACUAAAAUAGAAAAUCAUGGGUGGUUGCUGCUCUUCCUGCUUCAAUUCAGGCUCCCAGGAAGAAUUGCUGUCUCCUGAUUUGGAAACAAGACGACGGCAGCUGGCAGAAGCUGCUGAAAACCGUGCCAAACAAAAUGAAGCAAGAGGUCUUUCUAACCCUGAAAAGGUACAACGAAAAAUAGAGCAAGCAAGAGCCAGAGAAGAUAAAAUGGACAAAUAUGCCAGUCAGUCUGGUAACACAACUCUAAAAUGGCAAGCUAACUGAAAGAACAAAACACACCUAUUAUUUGGUACUUCUUUUGCACCUUUACUUGUUACAAUUGUAUUACUAUUAUAAAUAAGACUUAAUUAUUAUAUAACUCAUGGGGUCUUGAAGAAAGUUUCCUUAAGUGAUAAUCACCAAAAAAAUCCACAUUUUGUCUGUGUUCAUGUUUUUAUUGCACAGUCUGCUCUAUAGUUGUCUUGAAACAAAUGUCUAGAAAAACAAAAAUCAGAAGUUAAUUUUUUAACAUAGAUUGUUUUGAAACUACAUAUAGAGAUAUUUAAUGAAGUUCACUUCAUUGAUAAAUUGUUUGCAUGUUGUCCUAAAAUUUGUUUAAAAGUAACUUUAAAAAUAUCCUGUUAGGGUGAAAAUCAAAAGCAAAAGAUUUGGUUUAAUUUUAACUGACACUGUCAUCUCUUUUUCCUGACCAAGUCUCAAUAAGAUGGUAUGUGUCUUCAUUCA